UCUUAUCUUCCAAAUACAAUGAUCCAGAUAUGCGCUUUGACAUUUGCAGCUGUCAGUUUGUUUACCAUUACUCAUUUGAGACAUAUGAGCAGGCUGACAUGAUGCUUAAAAAUGCUUGUGGGAACCUCUCUCCUGGAGGAUAUUUCAUCGGCACAACUCCAAAUAGCUUUGAACUUGUAAAGCGACUUGAAGCUUCAGAAACAAAUUCAUUUGGGAAUGAGGUGUACAGUGUAAAAUUUGAAAAGAAGGGAGAAUAUCCGUUGUUUGGUUGCAAGUAUGAUUUCCAUUUGGAAGAAGUGGUCGAUGUCCCUGAGUUCUUGGUUUACUUUCCAUUACUGGAGGAAAUGGCGAAGAAGCAUGGUAUGAAACUGGUCUACAAAAUGACAUUUCGGGAAUUCUAUGAAGAAAAAAUCAAGAACGAGGAGCAUAAAAUGCUGUUAAGGAGAAUGCAGGCCUUGGAGCCAUAUUCGACGUUUGGUGAUUCCAGGCUGGUUUCUGAUAAACCUGAAGAUUAUGAGCAUGCAAAACAGUUCAUCAAGGAUAGCAAGGCAAAGUUACCAUUGGGAACCUUGAGUAAAUCUGAAUGGGAAGCAACAAGUAUUUACUUGGUAUUUGCAUUUGAGAAGCAACUGUGAAACUUCAAGUAAUAGAUGCAGCAAGAAGAGAUCAUAUCCAUGUGCAAGUUGGAAUGGUUAGAAAUCCAUUGUGGCAACUAUUUUUUUAUUUUUUAUUUUUUAAUUAUCAGAAGUGUGCAGGACACUACAUAAAACUAGAGCAAGCUCAUGAUUCUGAGUUACAUUGCCUGUCUGUGACAGAUGGACUUGUGUGUGUAUAUAUAAGAAAGAUUCUGAACCAGUCUUUUUAAGCAUUUGUAAGCAGUCUGCAUGCUCUCAAAACUCAUGUUUGAACUUGACACAACUUUAUGUUAGAAACAAAUGUUUUAAUAGCAGAAGUAUGUUUGUGAUUACAAGCCUGACCCUGCACUUUCUGAAGUUGAUGGAAAAAUGACUGUUGUCUUUGGUAGUGUAGAAUGAGGGCCUAAAUAUUGUACUGCAGAGCUCAGUAUUCAGACAUACAGGGUAUGUCUACAAUGCAUGCAGAGCUAAGUGGCAAAUAAUACCCGAGUCAGUCUGAGUACCUCUCUGCUGUGCUCAAGCCUGCAGUGUAAAUCUACCUUAGUGGUAUUCAUGG